AUGGACAACUGGAACAACUCGACCAACUCGACAUCGUGGCAGCAACAGUACCAGCGUGGCGGCCAGGGUUCGGCAAAUGAGUACGCUAGUGGCGGCGGUGGAGAUCCGCCAGUGACGAGACAGGACCGCACGGCCCGGGACUUCCGCUCGUCAGGGGAGGCUUAUGGCGGGGGACGGGGCACGCGGGGGCGGCACCGUGGAGGUCCACCGCCUCGCGGUGCAUUCCCUGGCCGUCGUGGCAGAGGGAGGCAGGCAUCUGCCCCCUUUUCUGUCGAUGCCGAGGAAUUCGUCCCGCGCAGCCAGCAGAGUGACCAAGUCAAUGGCACCAACUGGGAGGAUGCUCCUGAAUUCAUCCCAGCAGCCCAACAGCAGCAGGGGGCAGGCUCGACACAAGACAAGGGCGGGGGCGGGAGGGGCGGCUGGCAGCCACAGCAGCGCCGGCAGGCCCCGGGGGCGGACGAUGCCCGCAACCGCAACUGGCGGGAGCCGGCGCCUGAGUAUGACCGGCCGCCAUCGCCCGUGCGCCGCCCCACCUCGGAUUCGCCGGUGAUAAAUGGGGAAGGUGCAGACAACACUCACGGUUCGCCAGCUUACGGUGGCGGUAGCCGCGGCGGCAGGGUGCGGGAGCGGCAGUGGAGAGGAGGCGGCGGUGACCGACCCCGACAGGUGGGCAGCGGGCGGUUCACGGACAGCGGCGGGCGGCGGGUGCAGGACGGCGGCCGCUACAGCGACUGGCAGGCCGGGGAGGGCAACAGGGAUAGAGGCAGAACGGCACCGGACGGUGGGGGGUACGGCCCGGUCGAGCGAGAAGCCGAAAACGGUGAGACGGAAGUGCGGAGAGAUGCGCCAGACGGCAGGCGGAAGACGGCGCCCGCUCAGCACGGGAGGACCGACUCGAAGAUGUGGAGGGGCGUUACUGGCGGGAGCAGCAGGGGCCACGCGGAGCAGCCGACUGCAGCCAGCAGGGAGGAGGCGGAGGCGGCGGUGGUGGUAGACGCGGCAGCAGCUCAGGGCCCGGUGCCAGCUGAUAGACAACCUGAAGAAGACAGCCGGAGUAGAAGGGGGCAGCCAGCAGACAGCGGUAGAAACCGCAGUGUGGGUAGCCCACGCAGCCGCGCCCACCAGCCCUACCGAGGUGAGGAGGGGGCCUCGGACUCGGGGCACCGCGAGCGGCUCUCGGUGCAGCUGAUGCGCAGCACGCUGGAGUGUCUGGUGUGCUGCGAGCGACUGCGGCCGCGCGACCCCGUCUGGAGCUGCGCAGCCUGUCACCACGUGCUGCACCUGGGCUGCACGCGCCGCUGGGCGCGCUCCAGCCGGACUGCAGAUUCCGGAGGCUGGCCGUGCCCAGCGUGCCGGCAUGAGGUGCCCCGCGUGCCCACGGAGUACCGCUGCUGGUGCGGGAAGAGGCGCGACCCCGAAUGGACCCCGUACGAGGUGCCGCACAGCUGCGGAGAGAUGUGCGGUAAGCCGCGCGGGGGCACUCCCGUGACGGGCCAGGAGGAGCAGCACAGCAGAGGGGAUAGUGGAGGUGACGGCUGCACCCACCGCUGUACACUGCUCUGCCACCCGGGGCCGUGUCCUCCCUGCACCGUCCAGGUCAACAGGUCGUGUGGGUGCGGCCGGGAAAGCCGGCUGGUGGUGUGCGGGCAGCAGGUGCUGUGCGGUGCGACGUGCGGCCGCGCCCUGUCCUGCGGACGGCACCGCUGCGAGCGGACCUGCCACCCGGGGCCGUGCGGGAGGUGCGAGCUGGUAGAGACCAAAGUGUGCUGGUGCGGCAAGACAACUCGAGAGGUACCCUGCGACUCGGACGAGGCCCGAGCCGACAGCUUCGCUUGUGGCGAGGUGUGUGGACGCACGCUGGCGUGCGGCAACCACCGGUGCGAGGCGGCGUGCCACGAGGGGCGGUGUGCCCCGUGCGCGCUCUCGCCUGACGUCGUCACCCACUGCCCCUGUGGCAAGGUGGCUCUGCGGGACAUGCAGGGCACUGCAGGAGAAGCGGGAGGUGCGACUGCGGCGACGGCAGAGUCCGGAGGUGCCUCGGACGCCGCAGAGUCCACUCCGGAGGGGACCGGCGGGCCGGCUCCGGAUACGGGUUCAACUGGGGCGUCGCAAGAGGAUGACUGUGAGGGAAAAGCCUCCACAGAAGUAGGCUACGUGAGAACUUCGUGUCUCGAUCCAGUACCGACGUGUGGCCAAGUUUGCGGCAAGCUGCUGCCGUGUGGCCAGCCCUCGCAGCCACACGAGUGUGCGGCUCUCUGCCACACGGGGCCGUGCCCGCCGUGUCCACUGGUGACGAGUGUCAAGUGUCGCUGCGGCAGCCUCGACAAGGAGCUGCCCUGCUGCGAGCUGACCACGCGCGCCGACGACGCCCGCUGCAGCCGCCGUUGCACCAAGAAGCGCGCCUGCGGCAAGCACAAGUGUGGGCAAGAGUGCUGCAUCGAGCAGGACCACACGUGCCCGCUGGUGUGCAACCAUGUGCUGAGCUGUGGCAAGCACCGCUGCGAGGAGCUGUGCCACCGCGGCAACUGCAAGCCCUGCCUGCAGUCCAGCUUCGACGAGCUGACGUGCGAGUGCGGGGCGCAGGUGAUCGAGCCGCCGGUCCCGUGCGGCACGCGGCGCCCCACCUGCGACCGGCCGUGCCCGCGCGAGCACCCCUGCGGCCACGCGCCGCUGCACAGCUGCCACUCCGAGCCCAGCUGCCCGCCCUGCACAGUGCUCGUGCAGCGCUGGUGCUACGGUGGACACGAGCUGCGGAAGGCGGUGCCGUGCCACCAGACGGAACUGUCGUGUGGCCGGCCGUGUGGGAAGGACCUCCCUUGCGGGCGGCACACGUGCGCGACGGCCUGCCACGCGGGGCCUUGCCCGCAAACGUGCACGCAGCCCUGCACCAAGCAGCGCCAGCUCUGCGGACACCCGUGUGCGGCACCUUGCCACGACGGGCCCUGUCCUGACACGCCGUGCCGCGAGAUGGUGGUGGUGACCUGCGAGUGCGGACACCGCUCCACCACGCGCCCCUGUGCGGAUAAUGUGAACGAGUACCGCCGCAUCGCCAUGUCGCUGCUCGCUGCCAAGAUGACAGACGUGCGUGCCGGCCGCACGGUCGACCUGACAGACCUGGCGGGCACUCCGAGAGGCAUAACUCUGAAAACCCUGGAUUGCAACGACGAGUGCAAGAUAGUGGAGCGCAGCCGGAGGUUGGCCAUCGCCCUACAGAUCCGUAAUCCGGACCUGUCCGCCAAGCUGACACCGCGCUACUCUGACUACAUGCGGCAGUGGGCCAAGAAGGACCCCGCGUUCUGUGCCAUGGUCCACGACAAGCUGACGGAGCUCGUCAAGCUGGCCAAGGAGUCCAAACAGAAGAGCCGCAGUUACUCGUUCGACCCGAUGAACCGUGAGAAGCGCCACUUCGUACACGAGUACUGCGAGCACUUCGGCUGCGAAUCUGUCGCCUAUGACCAGGAGCCCAAGAGGAACAUCGUGGCCACUGCGUCCCGGGAUAAGGCGUGGCUGCCCAGCAUGAGCCUGCUGGAGGUGAUACAGCGGGAGAGCGGCCAGCGCAAGAUCCCCAAGCCCGUCAUCUCCUCGACCGGCCGUGCCCAGCCUGCUGCCAGGCCGAUGGAAGUUCUCAGUGCGAGCAGCCCUUCACAGCAACACCAGCCGCUAUCUGAAAGAGAGUCUUCCAGCUGGGUGACUACGGUGGGCCCCAGCACCGCUACUGUGCCGACAGCGAGCUCGUCCACUGCGGCCACAGCCGCCCAGCCCCGGCAACAGUCGGAGUACGGCGGCGAGUCCUAGCGGCCACUGGGGGACGACUGCACCACGGCAGAACUCCUCCGCUGCUGCCGGACGCGGCCCACGAGGAAGUUUCACGGCGUGGCUUACGGUAGCAGAUUCUCCGCCGUCACCAGGCGGCGUGUCGUUUGUGACGACGGGAGUCGCACGCUUCCGGACGGCUGCACUGUCGUCCCGACUGGUUACUCCUGCCGAGUCUGCAAAUUACUGGUUGUCUGUUGUUAAGAGCACUGUUUGCCUUACAGAGGAAAUUUCCACUUCGAGAGAAUUUGCUUUUAUUGAGUUCUAAUAAUACCUAUUUUAUCGUGCCACUAGUUGGUAUUGGGUAUUUUGUUGCUGACAAGUUCAUUAAAUAAUAUUGUUACAGUCUUUAUGUGGAAAAUAAGCCACAGUAAGUGUAUUUUAACUUUACUACACAUUAUGCAAGAGAUAGGCCAUUUACAUAAUUAGAAAUUUUUUUGGACCGGGGGGGGGGGGGGGGGGGUUGAAGCAGAGACUGGGAGAGAAAUAACAUGCAAUUUAAUGUGCCUCUGCAGAAUUUUUUUGUUUUGAUAAUAUCUGUAUAGUGUGUGCCUCUUGUUGCCUGGUAAUUGUUGAACCAGUAGAUUGAAUCCAAUUUUUUGAGCCAGCACGUGACUUUGUCAGUUACCUAACCGAGCUUCUCCAGGGUCAGGUAUUGUUGUUCAGGCUACUGCUGUAAUAUUUGGUAAUUAAAAAGAAAAAAAAAGCAGAUUUGGGCCUGUUGUCCUAGAUUUGUGUAAAUGGGCAUAUAUGUAAUGUUAUCACUGCAUUAGCUCCAUAUUGUUAAUCUAUACUCUUAAGGUUGAUGAAUUAUUCAAACUUUGUGAACUUAUUUUAUAAAAAUCCAGCAAGUGUGAGACGACCAUGAUAUAAGUGGAUUGACCUACAGUCCCUAGAUUAAUUCUGCUGUUUCAUUCCUGUUAUGGACGAUUCCACAGAAGUUUGAAGACAAACUUGUUAUUUAUACGAUUACUAUAUUUACAAUUAUGAGUAUUGCUAAUAGAUUAAUUUUAUUUGACUGUGUGUGUGAUAGCCAGGCACCACCAUCCUUCAUUGUUACAUUCUGUUGUAUACAUAAUUUAGUGAGAGAUUAAAAAUGUGGGCAGGAUACGGAAUCAAAA